AUGACCAACAGAGUAACGCGGUCAGCCGCUGCCGCCACUACGAGUAACGACAGCAACGACCAGGCAUCCACAUCCCACGCUACUAUCACCGACACUGGUUCCCCCAUCCGACCACCCACUCGCAAACGCAAGGCGGCCGAAGCAAAUCAACCCCAGCCGAGCCGAAAGAGCAAGCGAGCGAAGGCUGGCAAUAACGAGCCGGAGCAGACCACGACGAUCACACAGCCACGGAAGCGUAAGACGAGGAGCUCGACUGCAGCGGACAUGUCCUCCGGUGCACCUUCUUCAUCUGGAGACACCUCGCCGAAUCAGCAAGUGCCACGUGAAAAGCGGAAGUCCAGUCGGAGAAAGUCAAAGGACGAACCAUCAGGCUCGACAUCAGCAUCAGGCUCUCGGCGGAAACACAAAGGCUCGCGAAAGGAUCAGGAUGUGCCGAUGAAGGACGGUGAGGAGAACAGUGAGGAACGAGGAGGAGAUGCUGAGAAUGGUCUUGGACGAUCGGACGCAGCAGGAGGCGCUGACGAAGGCCAUGAGUCAUCGUCGAGGAGGUAUGACGAGGAGGAGCGUGACGAGAUGGCGGCGAGGGGUCAUGAUCCGUUCACCAGCGGGUAUCUGAGCCGCUUUGGAGCUCACGCUGGGUUGUCUAGCAGCCUGCGUGCUCUCAGCGGCAUCAUGUCGGGUCAAAGUGGUCGGCUGCGCAACAUACUGGAGCAGCUCAAGACCAAGGAGGAUCCGUCGGUUCAAAUGAUCGCGCUGCAGGAGCUGUCAGAACUUCUAUUGGUCUCCAAUGAGGACAACCUGGCUGGUCACUUCCAGCCAGACUUGUACGUGAAGGAGCUUGUGGUCUUGAUGCAGCCGAACGAGUUCACUGGUGAGGAGAAUCCGGAGAUUAUGCUGCUGGCUUGCCGUUGCAUUGCCAACAUGAUGGAGGCUCUUCCUGCGGCAACAGCAAGCGUGGUCUACGGAGGUGCUGUACCGAUCUUGUGUCAGAAGCUGCUAGAGAUCCACUUUAUCGAUCUGGCCGAGCAGGCGCUCAGCACUCUCGAGAAGAUCUCUGUGGAAUUCCCAUCAUCUAUCGUCCGUGAGGGUGGCUUGACUGCCUGCUUGACCUACCUUGACUUCUUUGCGACCAGUACGCAACGUACAGCUGUCACCACAGCAGCGAACUGCUGUCGAAACAUCAACGAUGAAUCAUUCGCCACAGUCCGCGAUGUGAUGCCGAUUCUGCUCAGCACUUUAUCGAGUAGUGAUCAGAAAGUCGUAGAGCAGGCAUCGCUUUGCGUCUCAAGAAUCGUCGACAGCUUCAAGUACAAGGAAGACAGGCUUGAGGAGCUCGUCAGCACAGACUUACUCAAGGCUAUGCUGCGCCUUCUGCUACCGGGUUCAACGAACAUGAUCAGCCAGAAUGUGCAUACACAGUUCCUCCGUGUGCUGUCCCACACUGCGCGCUCCAGUCCACGCUUGUCAGUCGAGCUCCUGAAGAUGAACGUGGUCGAUACACUCUACCAGAUCCUCACAGGCGUAUCCGCCCCACCAAUUACGGACGACGCAGCUUCCAAGAUCGACAAGAACAUCAUCAUGCAAGCUAUAAUUCGCACACCACGUGAGCAGAUCUUCGAGACACUGAACGUGAUUUGCGAGCUCCUUCCGGCUAUCUCCCGCGACAGUCUGAACUUCAUGAAUGAUCUCUUUGACGCAGUCGAGACUCGUGGCCACAGACAUCCGCCGCCUGCACCAAACACUGCGCCCAACACUUCACCAAACGACAAGAAGCUUGAGCUGCUCAAAGGUUGCCCGAAUGAGGUCAAGCGGUUCGCCAUCAUUCUGUUUCCCACACUUAUGUACGCUUUCACAUCGACGGUCAAUCUGAAUGUGCGACAAAAGGUUCUCACGGCACAGCUCAAGAUGCUUUCGAACCUCGACGCGAAUAUCUUGGACCAAGCUCUUCAUGGGGUGUCGUACGCUUCGCAUCUGGCAUCAAUCUUGACGCAACAGGAGAAUGCAUCCCUCGUCACCUUUGCCUUGCAAGCAGCUGAGCUACUGUUGAAAAGACUGCAAAGUAUCUACAGACCGCAGUUCUACCGCGAGGGUGUGAUGGCGGAAAUCACUAAGAUCGCCGAGCGGCCACUGAAGGCGGAUGUGUCUGCUGUUGAGGCUAGUCAGGUCGAUAUCAUCACGGAGCAUCCACCUCAAAAGAUCGAGGAGAACGAUGACGAUGCGGACGAUCAUGAACGUGCUGAGGACGAAGCGGCCACGAUCGAAGUGGAUAUGGAUCACGCCGAGGAGGACGACGAGGUGGGCGAAGAUGACGAAGACGGGGACGAGAACGAAGAUGUCAAUGACGAAGACCAUGCGGAUGACGACGAGGACGAUGAAGAGGAUCGUCGGCGACGCCAGCAAUACGAUGAUUCGUCUUCGCCGAACAAAUCACGCCGUAUCACCGAUGUCGAGGACGUGAUCACACUCCGUGCUAAGCGUUUUAUGGAGGCGCACAGCAGCGAAGGCACACCUGAGAUGCGUGAAAAGGCUAGUCGGGUGCUGCAAGAUUUGCGCAACCUUACAGCGGAGCUCAAGAUGUGCUAUAGCGGCGUACAGAGCCAAGGCGGGACUGAGCUCUUCGGCAGGCUUGCGAAGUACUUCGAUGGUGAUGCUUUGGAAAGCAUAACUAGCUACGAGCUCAUGACGUCUGGCGUCGUUGACGUUCUCCUCGCCAUCUUCAACGACCCUGACACGCAAGCUGCAGCAGAGGCGAGAUCCGAUUUUUUGGAGGUCUUCAUGGCAACUAGCAUUCAUAGCAAGACUGCCGGCACAUCUACCACGCCCUUCAGCGUCUUCGUGCUGAAGCUGCAAGAUCUGCUCAGUCGAUCGGAGCAUUUUGAGGUCAUUACUGUUGAGCGCAAUUCAUGGGAGCACGGUGGUAGGAGCGCGGCGUCCAUGCUUGCCAAGCAGCUGCGGUUGAAGUUGCUCGCUGAUGAGGACUCUGGCAUACCACGUCCUUUCAACAAUAUCAUGGUCUCCAUCCAUGCCAUCGCUACCUUCAAAGCACUUGAUGACUACCUCCGCCCACGCAUCAGCAUGGCCGAGCGUCCACCGCGAUCAAGGCGCGAAGGAGGCCUGACGAGCGCCAUGGCUGCUUAUCAGGCCAUGAUGGCUGGUCGAGGUGCACCGCCUCCUGCUUUGCCGACACUAGGUAGCUCUUUGCCCACUAGGAGUGCGUCGAAGAAGCCACCUCGAAGCAAGUCUUCCAAAUCGGAGUCUGCAGUGGCGCAGGAGACACCUGAAGCUGAGGGUACGACCCGCCUUCGUAGGUCGUCGCGGAGACAUACCACUCAGCCUUCGUCUAUCGACUCUCUGGCGCCACCUGCUGUGCAGACUGAUCCUGAGCAGCCAGAGGAGGGGUCGCAGGACACUCUGGAAUGCGCAGACGAGGCUCAGCUCGAGGAUGAGGACGACGAAGAUAUGGAGGCUGAUCUUGAAGCACUUGUCGAUGAUCUGGAGGAGGGCGCUCUUGAAGAAGAUGCGCCAGAGCCGUCAGCAGUCAAUCUCGAGGUUGCCAAUUCCGGCAAGGUUACUGCACGCACGGAAGAUGGCACAAGCAUUGGCACACCAUCUCAAGGCACGCCGAAUCCUACGACCCAGCGCGAUCGCAUGUCAGCUGCCUAUCUUGCUCAAGCUCGUGAGAUGCUAUCUACGCCAACAUCGUCCGCGCGGCCCAACAUGUCCUUCGCGCAAGCACUGCAGAGUACCCCUCAAGACUGGCACAUUGAGUUCAGCAUCAACGAUCAACUUAUCUCUAGCGAGACGACUAUAUACCGUGCCUGCCAUUUCAACAAUUCCCUUGGCGAGGAGGUAUCUACACGCCCAAUCUGGUCCGCCACUCACACCAUCAAGUUUAAGAAGGUGCAAGGGCCGCCACCGGCUGAGCGUGCUGGUCUCACACCUCCGCCAGACUCGUCGGUGAACAUGGAGAACGGACUGCCACCGUCGCUCAACAAGCAUCCCAUCACGUCUGGUAUCCUGCGUCUUAUGAGCAUCCUGCACGAGCUCAACGCAAAUCUGGAAGACGUGCUGGCGGAGAACAAGAAUGCGGUCAAGCUCAACUCCGAACCACUGACACAGUUCGUCAACACCAAGCUCACCGCCAAGCUCAACCGUCAGCUCGAGGAGCCGCUCAUCGUGGCAAGCCAGUGCUUACCAAGCUGGAGUGAGGAUCUCGCACGCCUGUACCCAUUCCUGUUCCCAUUCGAGACGCGCCACCUCUUCCUGCAGUCCACCUCUUUCGGCUACGCUCGGUCGAUGUCACGCUGGCAAGGUUCGGGCAGCGAGAACGACUCCAGACACCGCCACCGCGACGAGCGGCCGUUCCUGGGUAGGCUGCAACGCCAAAAGGUGCGCAUCUCACGUAGUCGCAUCCUCGAAUCGGCUAUCAAGGUCAUGGAGCUCUAUGGCGGCUCACAGAGUAUCCUCGAGGUCGAGUACUUCGAGGAGGUCGGUACGGGUCUGGGCCCGACACUCGAAUUCUACUCGACUGUCUCGAAGGAGUUCUCGCGCAAGAAGACGAAGCUGUGGCGUGAGAAUGAGUCGGCUGAUAGUGGCGACUACGCUUUCGGUGCUCGUGGACUCUUCCCUGCGCCGAUGGAUCAGACUAUGGCGGAUAAUGAUAAUGGCAAGAAGGUGUUGGUGUUGUUCAAGAUCCUCGGCAAGUUCGUUGCUCGAUCCAUGAUGGACUCGCGCAUCAUCGACGUCUCCUUCAACCCUACCUUCUUCCGCAUCGGCGACGGCAAUGCUGCUGUAGCGCCAGCUUUAGGCGCCGUGGCGGCUGUGGACAAGGAUCUCGCCAAGUCGUUGAAAAUGCUGAAGAAGUACGCCAGCGCUAAGCAGCGGAUUGAGGACAACGACAGCCUCUCUCAAGAUCACAAGGAGCGCAAGAUCGCCGCCAUCCGCAUCAAUGAUGCUCUGAUCGACGACCUGGGUCUGGACUUUACAUUACCUGGCUACCCGCACAUCGAGCUUGUGCACCGCGGUAGCAGCCUGAACGUCACGAUCGAGAACGUCGGGAUGUACAUCAGCAAAGUUGUGGAGUUCACCCUCGGCUCCGGUGUACAACGUCAAAGCGAUGCCUUCCGUGCCGGUUUCAGCCAGGUGUUUCCUUACUCGGCUCUCAAGGCUUUUACGCCGGACGAGCUUGUCAUGCUGUUCGGUCGAGUGGAAGAGGAUUGGAGCCUGGAGACGUUGAUGGACUCGAUCAAGGCCGAUCAUGGGUAUAAUCUUGACAGCAAGAGCGUGAGGAAUUUGCUGCAGGUUAUGUCUGAGUUGUCGCCGCAGGCGAAGAGGGAUUUCUUGCAGUUUGUUACGGGGAGUCCGAAGUUGCCUAUCGGUGGUUUCAAAUCCCUCACGCCCAUGUUCACCGUCGUCUGCAAGCCCUCGGAACCUCCUUUUACGUCGGACGAUUAUCUGCCUAGUGUCAUGACUUGUGUUAAUUACCUCAAGAUGCCCGACUACACGGAUCUGAAGAUCUUGAAGGAUAAGCUGGGGUUUGCUAUUAGGGAGGGUCAGGGUGCUUUUCAUCUUUCUUAG